AUGGACCAUGAGGAUACUGAUGACAUCACGUGUUCCAAGGAUUCAGGGGCCGGGCCCAUCAACCUGGCCGUGGUGGACUGCAAGGGGGAUGAGGCCACACUCUGGGACUGCGAGAUCUGUGGCUGGGGACCCUACAACAGUAGCCAUGACUUUGACACUGGUAGGAGCGUAGUGUGCCAAGGGUUUUCCCGGCUGGUCGGGGGUGAUGGAGCUUGUGCCGGCCGUUUGGAGCUGCGGCAGCGCCAGGCCUGGGUUGGCGUGUGCAUGGAACACGUGGACAUGAAGGUGGCCCAGGUGGUGUGCCGGGAGCUGGGCUGUGGCACAGCGCUCACCAUCCCCGGCAGCGGCCGGUUUGGGGCAGGAAUGGGGCUGCUCUGGGAGGGAGGAUUCACCUGCACUGGCAACGAGACCCUCCUCAGCACCUGCGCCCAACAGGUGCCCCACAGCCAGGGCUGCGCUGGCCACGCCACCAUCAUCUGCUCCCCCUACACGGGCUUCCGGCUGGGGAGCAGCAGCUCGGGCUGUGCCGGGCGUGUGGAGGUGGCGGUGAGGGGCACGUGGGGGUCCGUCUGUGCCACCGACUGGGACCUGCCCGAUGCCGAAGUCUUGUGCCUCCACCUGGGCUGUGGCCAUGCUGUCACCGUGCCCCCGGGAGGCUCCUUCGGCAGUGGGGACGGGCCGCUGAGGCCGGACGCCUUUGGCUGCAGCGGGAGCGAGCGGCACUGGGAGUGCCCCGUGGCGGUGCUGGGGGAGCGCCCCUGCACCCCGGGGAACGCCGCCGCCGUCAACUGCUCAGGCGUCGUCAACUCCCUGCAGCUGGUGGAGGGUGAGAGCCGGUGCGACGGGUGGCUGGAGUUGGCUCUAAGCCCCGGGGUCUGGCACCGUGUGCCAGGAGAGCUUUUGUCCAAAUGGAAUUUCAGUGUGGGUGUCCCGAGUAGGGCUGGGGUGCUGGUGCCCCGAGCAGCCCCCCAGCCUGGUCCUUCCAUGCCCACAGGCAGCCGGCGGGUGAGGCUGGCGGGCAGUGCCGGGCGCUGCGCCGGGCGCGUGGAGGUCUAUGCCAGUGGCACCUGGAGCACCAUCUGCCAGGAGCGCUGGGGCCUCCAGGCCGCCGCCGCUGUGUGCCGGGAGUUGGGCUGUGGCGCGGCCCUGGAGGCGCCCGGCUCGGCGCGCUUCGGCCCCGGCCCCGGGACGCUGUGGCCGUACGUCCUUGACUGCGCCGGGACCGAGGAGUCUCUCUGGGAAUGCCCGCGCUCGGAACGGCGCGAGUGCGAGCGCGGGGCCGGGGCAGGGGCCAUCUGCUCAGAGCAGCUCUCCCUGCGGCUGGCGGGCGGCCGCGGGCGCUGCAGCGGGUACCUGGAGCUGCUCCACAACGGCACCUGGGGCCGCGUGUGCGCCAACGGCACCAGCCCCGGCACCGCCGCCGCCGUGUGCCGGCAGCUGGGCUGUGGGGACGGGGGACAGCUGGCACCGGCGCCCAACCCGGCCCCCGCCUGGCUGGCCUGGGUGGGCUGCGAGGAGGGGGCCCGCUCGCUCUGGGGGUGCCCCUCGGCACCCUGGCACCUGCAGGCCUGCGGCCAGGGAGGGGACGCCCACGUGGCUUGUGUGGAGGACAGUGACAACAACAGCGAGACACCAACCACCCCGUGCCCGGCCGGUGCCACCUGCACAGUGCCAAGCAGGCAAGAGGCCAGGGGGACUGUGGCGGUGCCAGUGGUCCUGUGCGUGGUCCUGGGGACGCUGCUGUGCCUGGCCCUGGGUGCCCUGGCCGUGCUGAUGUGCCGUGCCCGCGCUUGGCGCCGAGGCCCCGGCAGAGCCGUGGGUGCCAUCCCCAACGCCAUCUACGAGGAGCUGGACUACACCGCCAUGCCGGAGUACCAGGAGGUGCCCAGUCGCCCAGGUUCCCCGCGGGAGGGAUCAGUGAAGAAGCUGCUGUAUUACACCGGGGACAGCGUGGAGGGGAGUGACACCAGGGCAGCCCCAGCGGGAAGAGAAGCAUCGCCUUUCCCUGAGGGACCAAGGGCCACCAGCACAUCCCUGGUGGCACGGCUGAGAGGGGUGGCACGGGCGGAGGGAGAUGGCACAGCCAGCCCCUGCCUUGGCCAGCGGGUCAGUGCCAUGUACCCCCGUGCCAGUCCCAGCCCCCCUGCCCUGCCCGGUCUUGGAACCCCGGAUGGCUACGACGAUGCCACGGCCGUGCCAGAGGAGUCCCCCCCUGCCAGCACUGGGGACAUCUCCGAGGGGAUGGCACAGAGGGGCUGGAUCCGUGUCCCACCCACAGGACUGCAGUACAGCCAGAGAAGUGCUCUGGUGUAA